AUGUUCCAGUGGAAGAAAACCAUCUACAAAACAGUUUGCCUCUCCUUCUUGCUGGGGGUCACGGUGACGGUGCUGCAACGGGGAAUGGCCCCCAGCCAGUUCAUGCAGGGCCAGCAGCAGAAGGAGCUGCCCCCUCUGGAGCCCUUGAAAACGCAGAAGAGAGACAGCGCCUUCUCUCUCACCAACGCCUUCUGGAAGAGCAAGAAGGAGGGAGAUCCUGUGAAGGAGGAGGAGAGCGUGACAGCGAAGCAGGCGAAAUCCUGGGAUGUCAUCACUACCAAUUGCUCAGCCAACCAGAACUUCAGCAAAGUGGACUGGUUCAAAGGGCUGGAGCCCAACUUCCAGCAGUUCCUGCUCUAUCGGCACUGCCGCUACUUCCCCAUGCUGAUCAACCACCCCGAGAAGUGCAGCGGAGAGGUCUACCUGCUCAUCGUGGUCAAGUCCAUCAUCACGCAGCACGACCGCCGCGAGGCCAUCCGGAAGACCUGGGGCCAGGAGAAGGAAGUGGAGGGCAAGAGGAUCAGGACACUGUUCUUGCUGGGCACGGCCUCCAAGGAAGAAGAGAAAGCCAACUACCAGAAGCUGCUGGAUUACGAGAACCGCAUCUACGGAGAUAUUUUGCAGUGGGAUUUCCUGGACAGCUUCUUCAACCUCACCCUCAAGGAGGUCCAUUUCCUGAAGUGGAUGAACAUCUACUGCGACAACGUCCGCUUCAUCUUCAAAGGUGACGACGAUGUGUUUGUGAGUCCCAGCAACAUCCUGGAGUUCCUGGAGGACAAGAAGGAGGGAGAGGACCUCUUCGUGGGGGAUGUCCUCUACAAGGCCAAGCCAAUCCGGAAGAAGGAGAACAAGUACUACAUCCCCAACGCCCUCUACAACAAAAACAACUACCCACCUUACGCAGGGGGUGGGGGCUUCAUCAUGGAUGGACCCCUUGCCAAGAGGCUGCACAAGACCUCGGAGACACUGGAGCUGUACCCCAUCGAUGAUGUCUUCCUAGGGAUGUGCUUGGAGGUCCUUAAAGUAUCACCUGUGGGCCAUGAGGGUUUCAAAACCUUUGGCAUUGUGAAGAACAAGAACAGCAAGAUGAACAAGGAGCCAUGUUUUUUCCGGAGUAUGUUGGUGGUUCAUAAACUGUUGCCUCCAGAGCUGCUGAAAAUGUGGGACUUGGUCCAUAGUAAUUUGACAUGCUCCAGGAAACUCCAUGUCCUCUAG